AGUUUGUGUUUCCGACUCGCAGGCAGCUGGCGUGUCGUGAGCUGCCGGUACACAUUCGCUGCUCGUUACCACAAAUCGCUUCACUAUAAUGACACAUUUUGAAUAACGCGAUGAAAUAAUACACUAUCGGAGCGAAAUUAUAAACUAACGUGAGAUCGUUUUGCUGGUGCUGUGGACACUGCCCACUUGUGUUUGUUAAGUUUCAAGUGAACGGGGAAGUUCCGAAUUACUGUUAGAUUCGAAAAGAGGAUAGUAAGCGAAAUCAUAAGGGAUGGCUGUUUUCGGUUUGGUAUCAUCAGUAGCGGGCUUCGUGAAAGUCCGCUAUCUGAUCGACAAGGCUGUCAUCGAUAACAUGGUGUUCCGUAUGCACUAUCGGAUCACAUCGGCCAUACUGUUUCUUUGUUGCAUACUCGUUACGGCUAAUAACCUGAUCGGUGAACCCAUUGCUUGCAUUAGUGACGGCGCUAACCCUGGACACGUGAUCAAUACGUUCUGCUGGAUCACGUACACAUUCACCAUGCCGAAUACUACAUCUAAAACCGCAGCCCAUCCUGGUCUCGGCGACGACAAUGAUGAGAAACGCAUACACUCUUACUAUCAAUGGGUACCGUUCAUGCUGUUCUUCCAGGGCCUACUUUUUUACAUUCCUCAUUGGAUUUGGAAGAACUGGGAAGAAGGAAAAGUCCGUCUGAUUUCAGAAGGCAUGAGAGGCACAAUGGCCAGUAUAGCUGAUGACAAAAACAAUCGUCAGAAUCGACUCGUUCAAUAUUUGUUGGAUACGUUGCACAUGCACAACACUUACUCCUUCGGUUACUUCUUCUGCGAAGUGUUAAAUUUCGCUAAUGUCGUGGGAAACAUAUUUUUCUUGGACACAUUCCUUGGCGGCGCAUUCUUGACCUACGGCACCGACGUAGUCAGAUUCUCCAAUAUGAAUCAAGAGCAACGAACAGAUCCAAUGAUCGAAGUUUUCCCGAGAAUUACUAAAUGUACAUUCCAUAAGUUCGGUGCCUCUGGAACGAUACAAAAACACGACGCGCUUUGCGUCCUCGCUUUGAAUAUUCUUAACGAGAAAAUUUUCAUCUUCCUGUGGUUCUGGUUCAUCAUCCUGUCAGUGGUUUCCGGACUGGCACUGGUAUACUCGGCUGCGGUAUGUUUAUUGCCAAGCACUCGUGAGACUAUACUCAAAAGAAGAUUCCGGUUCGGAACACCAAACGGCGUCGAAGCGCUCGUUAGGAAGACACAGGUCGGCGAUUUCUUGCUUCUACAUCUGCUGGGCCAGAAUAUGUCGUUGCGAGUGUUUGGUGAAGUUUUGGAUGAGCUAUCACGAAGACUUAAUCUAGGUUCCCAUGCUCCGUCAGCUCCGUCGACGCUCGAGAUGGCUCCUAUUUAUCCUGACAUUGACAAGUAUUCUAAGGAAACCGAAACGUAACUGUCAUUUUAAUCGACACACAGAGCAAUCCACUGUAAAGAUUACAUUCUAAAUCAGAACUAUACCACCUUAUGUCACUUAUUAGUUUGAAUAUAUUUAGUUAGAAAUAUUGGACUAUGGCAAACUAGCAUGUUCCUCGAUGAAAUAUUAUAGUUUUUUAAGAUUUAUAUUCAGCAUUUACGUCACAGUUCAGCUAAAUGUUAAUAUUUCACUACUAAAUGUAUUUGACUUUCAAAUAAUAGUAAGGACGAAACUUUGAAUGUAAUUUACUGUGAAUGGUUCUGGAAAUUACGAUCGUUCGAUUUUUUUUUCAAAUGUAAGCAACUAUUCAUGACAUUCCGCAUUUUAAUAAUUAUCUCAGUAUGAAAAAAAAAA